AAAGCAAAAGCAACUCCAUCUUCUCUAUCCCUCAGCUCUCGUUCAUUCUUCCUUUCUUUCUUUCUCUUGUAAAUGCAAAAACAACAAAAAGGAGCAUUCGUUCACUAGCUUCGCAUUCAAAGGUGUAUUUUUCUUUACUUUCGUGUUCCGCUUCAAUACCGUCUUCGUAUUCGAUCCCACAUCGUCGCCUGGAGCCUUCUUCGCACGGUCUUUUCAACAGCUUUGCUUUGCCCGCCGGAUUUUUUUCCUACGGAUCAAUCCCCUCUUCAGCUCAUUUUAGGAUAAUCCUCGCAUUUUUUACGCAAUUACAACAGCCCAUCUCAGUUCAGCCAUGCAAGUGUGCAAAGACACCUCCACGUAUCAGCACCAUCCAGCAGCACCAUUUACCAUGUCAGCCUCUCGCUCGAACUCACAUUCGCACUCACACUCACACUCACACUCAUACUCGCAACCGCAACCGCAACCGCACCGCCAGAACCCUCAAGCCCAAUACCCCUACAACCCAUACCCACACCACCAGGACCGCCAUUCCUCGCAGGGGCCACUCUACAUCCUUCGCGAUCACACCACUCUUUCGAACAGAAGCAGCAUCCAAGAGUUUCCUUCAACGUGCGGGGACUCGAGUGAUCCCUUGGCACCACCCCAGAAUAUACUCUUUACAUUGGAACGACUGUUGAUGGGCAUCUCCCCCUUCCCACCGACCAUUCCCAACCUCGCGAAACCGACCUGUCCGAUCCUGGAUGACCAGUCCAUGGCCGAGUCCUCAUCUUCCACUUCAACUUCGAGUUCGCCCUUGUCGGAUACUGCUUCCGAGCCGGCCGAGAUAGCGAAUGGACCAACGCCCCUGGGCGGACCGCAGCAGUACCACUACGAUAAAGAAGAGCAACACGCGCGGCAACAGCGUUCACCACAACAACAGCCCUCGAGCCUUCAUUUCCAGCGCCAGCACCAAAGCCAAAGCCAAAACCAAAGCCAGAUUCACACCCUUACCUUCUCCUCGCGAUCGACCUCACCUACGGUAGCGUCGCCCUGCAGCCAGGCUAUAUCUUCACCAGUGAUGACGACGAUGGAUUCAGUACGUGAACUCCCAUACUGGAUUCCCUCGACUCCGACUCUGCAGGUUGAACAUGAUUGGAGCAAUCAAUCAAGUCCCUUGGCCCCGACGAUCUCGCGGCAGCCACCACCACAGCCCAGCUCUCCUGCUUCCUCUACUUCUUCGCAGUUGGCAUCGUCGGCAUCGUGGGGGCUCUCACUGUUUGAGCAGAUGAACCUGUCUGGACAACCACAGAAGCAGAGCUCAUUACAGUAUCAUGCCACGGACACGAACACGAACACGAACACGAACACGAACACGAACACGAACACGAACACGAACACGAACACGAAUACGAACACAAAUACGAAUAUGAGGGGAUAUAGCACUUAUCCGGAUGGGAUUGUGAGGAGGGCCGCGCGUACGCCAACUCGGCGGAAUCUUUCUUCAGACCUGUUUAAGAUCCGGGCCUAUGAUUCCCCUACAGCCCACGGCCAUUAUAAUCAUGCGCAGCAUUCAUAUUGCCGACAACACACAUUGGGCUGUGUUCCUUCUCGUUCUUCUUUUUCUGCCUCCCCCGGGACUUCUUUUCCCAACAGAAAAUCCGGCAACAAUGAUAUCAACACCGGCAGCAACAGCACCGACACUACAGCCACGAGCGGUAUGGAACUACCUAAUCCAGGCCAGCCCAAGGCACGCGGCCUCCACAAGUCAUAUCCCUGUCCGACCUGUUCGAAGCCCUUCCCGACGCGUACACAGCUCAAGAGCCAUAUGGCGAUCCAUGUUGACGACUUCCCGUUCCCGUGUCUGUACGCGGGGUGCGACCUGCAUUUUAAGCGGAAACAUGAUCUGAGGAGACAUGUGGAUGCGAAACAUGCGCUCGUGAAGAAGUAUCUGUGCUCCGGGGGUUGUGGAGAGGGCUUUGGAAGGAGGGAUCAGAUGAUUCGACACCUUAGGAGGGGUGCUUGUGGGCGUAGGGGGGUCCAGGUAGAGUAGAAGAUAACCUUGGGCGUAGUCGUUUUGGAGGUUCACAUAAUAAAAAGAACUAUUGAAACAAAACGGAACAUGAUUCCUUUUUAUGCAUGCAGACACAGAAGGAAAAUAAAGAGCAAUGUAAUUGGGGUUGGGAGCACACCCUCUUUUCUCCGCCCUGAAA